UGGAGUGCAAGCACAGGGUCCCCAAUGGGGGGGAAGUGGGAGAACACGCCUUGAAGGGCUAGAUCCAAGCAAGGUGGGGGCUGCAUCUGGCCCCCAGGCCUAAGGUUUCCCAACCCUGAUUUAAAGCAUAGUUCUGACCUAUACCAUGGAAUGGCUAUGAAAGACUUUAAAUUAUGGACAAAUUCUACACACUUCCCUAUACAAUACUGUUCUCAAAAAGAGGACUGUCCCCAUAUAGUAUAAUAUGAGGCAUUAUAAAUAUAACUUAAAGCAAAUAGUUGGGGUGUAUACACACACACACACACACACACACACCAAAUAAUAUUUAUUUGGUAUAUAUAUUAUAAAAUAGGUCCAACCCACAAGUCACCAAUAAUCUUGUUUUUAAAACAAUAUAAGAAAUGCUAAUACUGUCUUCUCAUAAUCCACAACUGAUUGAUACCAGUAACUGAUCGGACACAUUACUAAACAGUUAAAGUGACAAAUUAUAGCCACCAAAAUCAGUAGGAAUUUGAUACCAAAAAACCACCUAAUACACGAGUGGUAUUUAAUAGCCAAUAUCUUAAUCAAUGUCCAAGUAGUGUGACGUGUGAUUCCGUGCUCUUUCAUUCGGGGGUUACGCUAUUGUGUACACACAGGUGAAAGAGAACGUGACGACUCUGAACCUUCGACGGAGAGAAGCAGAGUUCCAGCUCAGUUUUAAAUGGCUUUCGCGCCUACACAAGAAAAGAUGCAACAGCACACUAAGCUCAGGACUGGACCGGAAGCAGUAGAGCUCUUCUGCUCUAGAUCCGAAGGGACUCCAGGGACUCUCGUCGCCUCAUGGCCGAUCUCCAGGAAGCUGUAGCCUGGCCAGCCUCAGACACUUGUGAAAUUGAAACUAACUCUUGCUGCACUUACAGCUUGCCUCCAAACUGCCACCAUGACUGUGAUGUGUGUGAUCCAAUGAUAGCUGGACAAGUCAGUAAGCCCUUGCUGUCACUGCGGAGUGAAAUGAAUGCAGAGUUGAGAGGUGAGGACAAGGCAGCUACUUCAGACAACGAGCUGAAUGAGCCCCUGCUUGCGCCUGUGGAAUCAAAUGACAGCGAGGACACUCCCAGCAAGCUCUUCGGGGCCAGAGGAAACCCAGUGCUGUCUGAUACGGGCACAGCUGACCAGCAUCAGCCCACUCAGUCCCAUCCAGCAUUUCCUGUUGGGCCCCAGCCACUACUGACUGCUCAACAGUUAGCCUCAGCAGUAGCGGGGGUGAUGCCAGGAGGCACUCCAACCCUCAAUCAACCUAUCCUUAUUCCCUUCAACAUGGCUGGACAACUGGGUGGUCAACAAGGACUUGUCCUAACUCUGCCUACAGCUAAUCUUACCAACAUCCAAGGGCUGGUAGCAGCAGCUGCAGCAGGAGGCAUUAUGACUUUGCCGUUGCAAAAUCUACAAGCUACCUCAUCCCUGAAUUCCCAGCUUCAGCAACUUCAGCAUCUUCAACAGCUCCAGCAUCAACAGCAGCAGCAACAAGGGCAACAGCAGCAGCAGCAAACAAGCCAGCAGCAGCAACAAGUGCAAGAGACACAACAAGCCCAACAAGCGCAGCCACCACCGCAGCCGCAGCCGCCACAGCCGCCACAACAGCAGAACCAAACACAGCCCCAGAACCAGAGCCAACAACCGCCAGCCCAGCAGUCCUCAAACUCCCCUCAGAAACCCAACCAGUCACCGGGACAUGGCCUUCCAUCUCCACUCACUUCUCCAAAUCCGCUGCAGGCAAGCUCACAGGCCUUUGGCAAUGCACUCUCCAGUCUUCAGGGGGUCACAGGUCAACUAGUCACUAAUGCACAAGGACAGAUUAUUGGAACAAUUCCUCUGAUGCCUAAUCCAGUUCCAACCAAUCAAGCUGCAGGAGGAGCUCAGGGCCUUCAAGUGCAGCCAAUUACCCCACAAUUAUUGACCAAUGCCCAGGGUCAGAUCAUUGCUACAGUCAUUGGAAACCAGAUACUACCAGUGAUCAACACCCAAGGAAUAACACUGUCACCACUCAAACCAGGCCAACAGCUCCAUCAGCCCUCCCAGACGCAAGUGGGACAAGGAGCCUCACAAUCAAACCUUCUGCAUUUGGCUCACAGUCAAGCGUCUAUGUCUCAAAGUCCAGUGCGUCAGCCUUCUUCUUCUUCCUCCUCAUCCUCCUCCUCUUCAGCUUUGAGUGUUGGCCAGUUAGUCAGCAAUCCUCAAACAGCCACUGGCGAGGUGGACGGUGUGAAUUUGGAGGAAAUCCGAGAAUUCGCCAAAGCGUUUAAAAUCCGGCGCCUGUCUCUUGGUCUGACACAGACUCAAGUUGGCCAAGCUCUAAGUGCCACAGAAGGGCCAGCCUAUAGCCAGUCUGCUAUCUGCAGACACACCAUCCUGAGAAGCCACUUUUUCCUACCACAGGAAGCCCAAGAGAACACUAUAGCUAGCAGUCUGACAGCCAAACUGAACCCUGGCCUUUUGUAUCCUGCCAGGUUUGAAAAGCUGGACAUCACUCCUAAAAGUGCCCAGAAGAUAAAGCCGGUGCUUGAGCGGUGGAUGGCUGAGGCUGAGGCCCGCCAUCGAGCAGGUAUGCAGAACCUGACUGAGUUUAUCGGAAGUGAACCAUCCAAAAAGCGCAAGAGGCGUACCUCAUUCACGCCACAAGCUCUUGAGAUCUUGAAUGCCCACUUUGAGAAGAACACUCAUCCCUCUGGGCAGGAAAUGACAGAGAUUGCAGAGAAACUGAACUAUGACCGGGAAGUAGUUAGAGUUUGGUUCUGCAAUAAGAGGCAAGCACUGAAGAACACAAUUAAACGUUUAAAACAGCAUGAGCCUGCGACAGCAGUCCCUAUGGAGCCUUUAACAGACUCUCUGGAAGAAAACUCCUAAAAAGAAAAAGAAAAAGGAAAAAAAAAAGGAAACACACAAAUAAAAAAUUAACCAUUUGGACUCUGUGAAAAUGCCUAUUCGUCACCCUUGUAAGUAAAAGACUGAGAAAACGACAAGAUGGACAGAACAAUUUAUAAAUGUCCGUGGGUUUUCCUAUAUAAAAACAAAAAAAAAACAAAAAAAUCAAAAAACCACCAAACAAAAACAAAUAAAAUAC